AUGGUUUUUCGUCGACCUCGUGUUAAUGUUAAGCCUAAUGUGCAAGCAACACGUCCAGUUAGUAGUAUUGUACGAUCAAAUGACGUAUCAGAGGAGGCAAUAUCUACUCAGUCACAAAAAGAGCAAUCUUCGCAACAGAUUGAUCCUCCAGCAGCACCAGCGGUUAUAGAAGAGUCAGUAUCAAAUGUUCAAGAGACAAUCGAACAAUUCUCACAACCAUCUUCCUCGGUUUGUGUAUCAGUUGUUGACUCACCCGCUAUACCUACUGCUAUUUCGGUUUCAUCGUCACCUUCACCUCAACCUCCUUUAUCGCCACUACCUCCAGCUACUCCUUCAUCACCAAUACCUCCAACUCUAGCAGCUCCGUCGUCACCUCCACCUCCUCCUGCUACAGUUUCAACAGCAAGAUCAUUGUAUCGAAUAAGAGCAACACCAAAUAUUGGCGCAAAAACAGUCAUUCAUCAUCGUCGACCAUCUGCUAGUUGUUCUGGUACAGAAAGUGAAACUGAAUCAUCUCGUCAAAAACAUGCCACACCAUCAUCUAUUGCAGUUGGACGCAUCAAUCCUAUAAUUAUUAAACCAAUUGUUUCAAACGAAUCACAUAUAAAUACCACGUCAGAUCUAAUCACAAAUGGAGACAUGUCAACUCCAACCGCAACUGAAAUAUCAAUAACAGAAACAACUGAAGUACAUACACCUACCAUUGAUAACAAUCCUCUACUUUUACCACCUCGAACAACGUCAAAAAUUAGUCGUGAAUAUCUUAAUCAACAUAUUAGCUAUCGUGCACAACGACUUGCUGCAAAAGUUGAACCGCAUAAUACAAUUCGAAAACGACGUGCAGCAACACUUGAAAAACUCGAAGAUAUUGGUGGUAAUAAAGGUGAACCUGUUGAUACAUCAAAAUUAAAGAUAGCUGAUUUUGUUCAUUAUAACCCUGAAGCCAAUAAAAUGGAAGUUAAAAUUAAAACAACUAAAACAGAUGCUGCAGAUGAUCCUGUUCGUAAACAAAGUAUAUCAAGUACCGAUGGACAAAAUGCUGUUUUAGCACCACAAUUAAAAAUUGAUGCUACUGGAGCAUUAGUUGUUGAUGAAGAAAGUAUACUUAUACGACAUGCAGAGGAUGCACCGAGAAAUACGAUCAUUGUCGAAGGACAAUUUAACGAUGACAAUUUAACACAUCAAAGUUAUAGAAAAAUCGGUCGAAGAAAACGAUGGAAUAGUCGAGAUACAUUACGUUUUUAUCAAGCACUUCGAAUGUGUGGAACUGAUUUCACAUUAAUUGCACGCGUUUUUCCAAAUCGUGAUCGAGAUGACAUAAAAAGAAAAUUCAAAACUGAGGAUAAAGCAAAUAGAACUUUAGUUGAUUCAGCUCUCAAACAACGCGUUCCAUUUGAUUUAACAUGUUUCUAUUCACCAUCAGAAGAAUCAUCUGACGAUGAUAACGGAAAUGACAUAGAUAAUAGCAUACAGAAACCACCACGUAAACGACGAAUGGUUAAACGUAAACAAAAACAAACGUCAUCGUCUGAUCCACUUGAAAUUAAUCGACGUCGUGAGAAACGUUUACAAUCAAAAAAGAACAGUAUACGUAUAAAGAAAAGUGCAGAAUUUGUCAAUGAUGACGAUGAAGAUGGAAGCUCCAUGGAUGUUGCUGAUACUGUUGAAAUUACAACAACAGCUCUGGAAUCGAAAAUCGAACAAAUCAUUCCGUCAUGUCAAAAUGAAGAAAAUACUACAGAUAAUUCAAUAGCGACCAUAGACGAGCUAGGCAAUAUUCUUGAGCGAAUCGAUGAAGGUCAUCUAUUAUUUGUUCAUAAUACCGAUGAAGCAGGUUUCGAUCGAAUUGAUGUUCAUGUUGUGAUGCCAAAUGCAGCGGAUAAUGCCAAUAAAUAA